AUGUUCUCCAAAUGUCCCCUACUUACUGCCCUCUGUGCGGAGGAGGUGCAGGGAGUGAAGGUGCACGCCUCAGUGCUCGACAGUGGCACUGACUGGCACUGCUCCCCCUCCUGCGCCAAGGUGGCGGCGGAGCUGAAGGGCAUGGAGGGCAAGAGAGGGGAGAUCCCCGAUGGCACUCCCUUCUCCAUAGAGCUCGCCCCAUACAAUGAGAGCGACCGAGGUGAUUCGCACAAGGGACAAGGGGCGUGCAGGGGUGCGAGUGGGUGGGAGGAGGAGGAGUGGGGGUCACUGGAAGGCGCCCGGCAAUCCAUAGCAGCAGCACUCAAGGUAUGGCUUCCCUGCCCUCCCUCCGCGGCUCCUCCUUCCCUUCUUUCCCCCUACCUUCUCUUUCAUACCCUCCCUCUCUUCGUCUCCCACAACCUCGCUCUCGUUGUCUUCCGUGUCCCAUCCGCUGUUUCCCUCUAG